AGUGACUGUGGUGGGUGUGGAAGUGCAGAUGGGAGUUCCUGAUCCCCAUUUACUGAAAGGGCUGUGAAUGUGACGGAAGUGAAGAGACAAACGGACUGAGAGAGAGAGAGAGAGAGGAUCUGCAGCUCAGAGAGAGAGCAGAGAGCAGAGAGUUGGCUCAUUUGACCCUGAAACCGAAACGAACGUGUUGUUCCCGACGGUGAAAUCAUGAGCAACUACAGUGUGUCUUUGACUGGCCCGUCGCCAUGGGGUUUCAGACUGCAAGGUGGCAAAGACUUCAACAUGCCCCUGACAAUCUCCAGGUUGUCUGAAGGCGGCAAAGCAGCAACGGCGAGCAUCGUAGUAGGAGAUAUAGUUCAAUCCAUUGAUGGAAUCAGCACUGAGGGAAUGACGCAUCUGGAGGCACAGAACAAGAUCAAAGCUUGCACAGGUUCCUUGAAAAUGAACCUACAGAGGACUCCCGAGUCUGCAAAAUCUGACUUCGUAACAGUUCAGAAGAGCAACCUGUACAACACCCCCAUAAGCCUUUACUCCUCUGACAAUGCCCAUGAGGUGGCAGAGGGCCAGAAGAGAGGAUUGAAAGAGGGGCAGGGUGACAUUAAGCAGCAGAAUGGAGCAGGCAGGAGGUUUGGGCCUGACAUCUCCGAGGUGCACCAUGCUAAUAUUCUGAGUGACCAAAGCAAAAAACGCCUAAUGGAGGACACCGAAGACUGGCAACCAAGGACUGGAACAUGCCAAUCCCGCUCAUUCCAAAUCCUUGCCCAAAUGACCGGCACUGAACACAUGGAAAGUGAAGAGAGCGAUGGUAGCAAGAAGCCGAGUUGCGAUGGUGUGGAGAUGCAUCAGCCCAGUGUCCCAGCGAUGGCUUCAGUAAAACCCAUGACCAAGGUUUCCAGCGUCAUGUCUCGCACAACACCUCCUGCUCCAGGAUCAAUCCCAUCGUUCAAACCUUCUGUGGCCUCUGGCAAUGUCAGGGUGACAGGCUGGCAACCCAAGAACCAAGCAGCAAACAAUUUCCCUAAGACGGUGCCACCUGUUGCCCACGUGCCUCCUGCCAACCAGCCUGGCCAGGGACCCAGCCUGAAGACCCCCGCUGUCCCAGCAAGCAAACCGCAGGACGAUGACUCACUGGUCCAGAUGGCUGAGCACAUUCCAGCUGGUCGCAGAACCCCGAUGUGUGCCCACUGUAACAUGAUCAUCAGAGGUCCAUUUCUUGUGGCCAUGGGGCGAUCCUGGCAUCCAGAGGAGUUUACGUGUGCCUACUGUAGCCAUACUCUUGCUGAGACUGGCUUUGUGGAAGAGAAGGGCUCUGUGUACUGUGAGAAAUGCUACGGGCAGUUCUUUGCCCCCGAAUGUGCCCGUUGCCAAAGGAAGGUCUUAGGGGAAAUUAUCAAUGCCCUGAAGCAGACCUGGCACGUCAGUUGCUUUGUGUGUGUGGCUUGUUCUCAACCCAUCCGCAACAAUGUCUUCCACAUGGAGGAUGGAGAACCUUACUGCGAGAGAGAUUAUUAUAAUUUAUUUGGCACCAGUUGCCACGGCUGUGACUUCCCUAUUGAAGCCGGAGAUAAAUUCCUUCAAGCCUUGGGAUACACUUGGCACGACACCUGCUUUGUCUGCGCUGUAUGUUGUGUUAACUUGGAGGGUCAAACCUUCUUCUCAAAGAAAGAAAAACUACUGUGCAAGAAGCAUGCUCAUGCAGUGAACAUCUAAACAUGUCGAUGAGGACCAAGAGUGAAGAGAAAAGAACGGGGAAAGCGUGGAAAAGAAAAUUGAUGCUUUGAUUUUUUGUUUUGCAAAUGAUGUUUAGGCCAUAGCGAAAUUCAUUGGGAUUCGAGGGGCAAAUGAAUUAGUGUGAGAUAUAUAUUUUUGCUCCAUUCAGAUCAUUAUAAGUGGAUACUAGAGGUUAGUGAAUAUUGUAAGAUUAGUACGUUGGAUUCAUUUGAAUACCCAUCUUGAAUUAUCUAUUGAUGUGUUGAGAAACAUUUGUUUAAACUGAGAUCUCUUCACCAAUAUGACCCAAGUUUUAUUAAAAAAAAAUUCUGCAAAUAAUCCUAACCUUCCAAAAAAAAACAAGGAAUUCUGUUAGAUGUUCAGAUAGUGUGAUUGUACUAAAUUAUUGACGACAACAUUCACUUUUCAAUAUGAAUCUGAUCUGUAUAAAAUGGUGUUGAAUGUAUACUUUAUAACCUAACCUUUAGAUAGUGGAUUCGGAAACGGAUCAGUUAUUUUUGCUUCUUUGAAUAUUUUUCCUGAAUCUAAGCAUGUUAAAGGGUCAUGCAGUUGUCUAGAGAAGUGUGGGCCAGUGGGAGAAUUAUGGGAGAAUAAAUCUGAUAUAAUUUUACAGUGGUUAGUGAAAGGAAUAGUGUUUUUUUAUAUUAAUGCUGGCAGAUUCCUGUUAUGGGACCAUUAGUCAACAGAUUUUUGAAAGAACUUGCAUAACUAUGAGAAAUUUAGGUGACUGCAAUGUUAAAUGGAUUCCUACAUUGGUCCAGAAAACAGCAAGUUGCGUAUUAAUGAUUAUAAAGUGUUAGGUCGGUGAGGAAACAAUGAAAACCCGACAUUGUUGAAUAACUUAGAAGAGCUGUUCAUCUUUACUCUGUCAUGGUUAUUUCUAGGGCUGCUGGGUUGUAUUAAAAGUUAAUUUAGAGAAACCUUUAAGCAUAUCUCUGCUGAGGUGUGUGGGUGUGCGUCGGUGUGUGUGUGUGUGUGUGAAUAAAAACUCAUUAGGAUUUGUUGAAAUAGGCAAUUUUGCAAUAGUAGUGGUGGGAAUCACAGUCACCAGAACGGAGAACCUUGUUGGGUUGGAAGGCUGCUUUUACUUGGGGCUUUUGUUGUGCAUUUUUGCGGUGGAGAAGAAGCACAGAUUAGAGUGGUACAGUUUCAUACAGUGAAAGCCAUCCCUGCAUCCAUUACGAAAUCUUGAUCCAUGAGGUUACGGGAAGUGUAGAUGCCGAAUCAGACAGGAUUGUGUCAGUGUCAGUGCAUCCCUGCAGAAUUCAGGAGCAGCCUUCAAUCCGACCUUUAUUAAUAUUAUAUAAUUUCAAAGUCCCAAUUCAGUGAGAUGGUAUGGUACAUAAAUGGGAGAUCGGGCUGAUUGGCUUUCCCCCCACCAAGAACUUUGUUCACUUUUUUCUAUCCACUUUGAAUCCAGUAACCCGAUGGGGUGAAGGGUCAGUGAUGGGGUUUGGGAGGAACAAUUCACUAUUCUUUAUUUGGUCGGAUUGCAACUCGGUUGUAAAGGUCCUAAAUAUAGCCAGAAAAUUGCGGAAGGCACGUAGCUGUAUCGCAAAACUGAUGCUAAAACCGACGUUAAGUGAUGCGUGGAAGUGUGAUAGUCAACCCGGUAUGUAAUUUUGUGUACACGUACUAGGGAUUUUCAGGUAUUUUCCUUAUGCUUAUCCGUGAACCGUUGCCUUGGAUGUUGGCUCGGCAGAUCUGUAAAGGGUAAUCGUGUGGUUUAACUGAACUUGUUUAAUUCUAACUCAUCCGCCACCCACUAAAUGUUUAAAUUCUACAUUCAAAGCUCAACAGCUGCGUGAGUAGGAGUGGCUGUGUCUGAACGGAAUGGAAUGGAAUUUACACAGUUUCCAAUAGUGACUGAAAGGUUGGCCGUUUUUGACUUGUUUGUGCAACGGGCGAUAGUUUGGGGGAGGAGAUGGAUGGGAUGUCCGUGAGUUUGUGAAAUAUUCAGGGUACAUUUGGUCUGCUAAUUAAUCAGCCAUCUUAAUGUCGAAUUAGCAUAUGGAUAAGAUUAGGUGGAAAAAGUAGCUGCUCCCAGUGGGAAUUCGUUAAUAGCAACUCCGAACCGUUAAAGCAGGCACUAACUUAACGGCUCACAGAACUGCCCUGUCGUCUAGUCCCAAGUGCUUUGGAGUGAGGAUCGGCUCGCACUCAGCCUCGCCAACCUGCCACCAACCCACAGAAUUCCCCGUCAGGGACUCUUGACUUAUUGGCUGCCGUGUUCGCCCACAACUAUACAGUCAAUUCACUUGACAGUAUAUUCUGUGAAGCGCUUUGGGACGUCUAGAAGACGUGAAAAGCGCUACAUCAAAUGCAAGGAUUAUUAUUAAGUGAAGGAAAAGGGAGCAACAACAUUGGGCUUGAAUUGGGGGGGGUCAAAGGGUAAGUCAAGCAGCAAACUUACAUCUGAAUAUCCUGUGAACAUCCCACAAAGCACAUAACAGAGGUAAUAGAAAUGUGUAAUCAAAUGACACCGAUUGUGGUGUUGACUGUAAUAUCUCGGCUUAGUUCAUAAAAAGCAAAGACAGAGGGCGUGAUUUAAAAUAAAUUGCACGAGAGUAAGACACCAUAGAGCGGAGUUUUAAAACAACCUAACUCUGUUACCUUUAGCGUGCCAGCCAAGCCCUGCGAUAAAAAGAUUCUGGGUUGGUUUUGAAACAAACACUUUAUUGGGGGUGUCCUUUUUUCUAUUGCAGACAGCGGGGGCAGGAAGGACGAGGGUGCGGGUGGGGGUUGGGUUGAUGGAUUUGUUUUUUCUGGGUUUGUGGGAUCCUGCGUGUUUGUGGUUUUCCUGCCAUUUACAACGCACAAAACCCGUCAUGACUCAACCACCUGCUUAGACUUGAUCAUGAUUCCCGAGGUUCUCACUGUGGCACAGAACCACUUUCGUGCCUAAAACUUGUUGCACGUCAGGUGUGCUGAACUACUACUAAAGGGAGACUGUUUGGGUAAGUGCACACAGAGGAGUAAAAUGUGCCUGUGUGUGUGUGUGUGUGUGUGUGUGUGGGGGGGUGGGGGGAUUCAAUGCUGCACCACCUUACCAUGUCGUAAAGCGGUAGAUACCAAUCAUAUGAAAGUACCCAAUUCAGCAGAUGCAUUUUUACGGUUAUUAAGCUUUUUCUUGGGGCGGGGGAGUGAGUGUCAUUGCUAUUCAAUAAUUCCAUUAUUUAGAGCAAAUUUUGUGCCAGGGAGAAAUCAAUGCAGAUUCUUCAGAGUAUAAUCAGCGUAAUGUAGACUACUAGUUAUUAAAAAAAAGACCACUUUUUAAGGAAAGAAGAAAUAUCCUUCUCUCAACCUACCUAAAGUGAAGAAAAACCCAAAGUUGAGGCAAAAGGGAGUCAGUUUAAUCCAGUGGUGCAUUUGUAGAGUUUAUGUUGUAAAACUGUCCAUUGAUUUCUCUCUCCCCACUGGAUCGUGGCAACAGGAAUUUUGUACUCGUUGUCUUUCAAGUGCCUUCAACCGGUAACCAAAGCUUGAUCACGUAAAUGAACACACUCAAUGUCCAGAUACAGUACUGGUUUAGAAAAGGUUGUUAUUAGACCUGCCGUUCAGGUUUGUCCAGGCUACUUUUGAUACGUUUGGAAGAAAAACCGUUUGUAAUAAAAUCGAAGCCUAUUUAACAUAAUGGUAUAGAAGCGGUUUUGCAUGUACUGUUUAUAACUCAGAAUAACAUGCCACUGUUUUGUCAGCCUUGGCUAAGGCAACAGAGGUAUAUUUCUCAAAACCGAAUGAAGUUUCUAUACCUUCCACCUCACCUUUUUCUUUACACAAAUGUAUUUUAAGAAGGCCUUGGUGUGUUAAGUCCAACAACAUGUUUUCACCAAAGCAAUGUAAGCAAAUCUUUCUGGAGCACUCGAAUAUUUGCUCGCGAGUUACGCUUUUUGUUUAUUCACGGCUCUUUUAGGAAUGUGUGUCCGAGGGUUGUAUUUUCACUUGAAUUGCUUGGUUAACAGAUAUGCUUCCAUUCAAUCAAUUAGCUUGGCUAUAAAAAGAAACUUAAUUGUCACCUGGGUGUUUUCUUGUGCACGUUAUUAUGUUUUCAUUAAACUCCGUAUUUACUCUCUCAAAA